AUGAUAAUAAAUGUGGAUCACAACGUAAAUGAAAUUGAAAACCUGGUUGAUAGCACAAUUAAACCCGAGAAAAGACUAGUACGUCAGUUGAGCGUAAAUCUAAGGAAUUUGUCAGAAAGUUAUAACAAAAUGAAGUCUAAUAAGGUCCUCCCAAGUUUAGAUAAAAAUUUCAUGAAGCAAAACAAACAAAGAAAUAACGUAAACCCUAUGCUGCUGGUGAAAAAUGAAAAUGUUACGCCACUAAUCCAGUGUAUCAACUACAAUGUUUUCAGCAUAAGAACACCGUGGAAAUACAUCAGCAAGGAAAACACACUCAGAAAUAACAUACAUGAAUUAUUAGCGUUCUUCAAAAUACUCCAGAAGCUCCUGAACAAAUACUUUCUACAAUAUAACCUGAGUACACAGCUAACAGAAAGAGGACCAGACGAUGAUUCGCUUCAAAUUGACCCGAAACUAGAAAAACACCUACAAAACGGAGGAUUAUACAAAUCUAGUGAAGUAUUCGAUAAAGAAACAGUAUUAGGGAAAAAAUUAAUUUGUGUAGAAACAAAGAUAUAUAAGGAAGAUAAUGGAUAUGAAUCUGAUGACGAUAUAGAUGUGGAUGACAAUUUAAAUUAUUUGAUUAGUUUCUGUAAUAAUAUAUACAAUAAGAUAAACAUUUUAUUUGAGCCAAUAGUGGAUAAUAAGGAAAAUAAAGCGGCAAUAUUGAAGUUGAAAGAAAGUGAAGAUGACAGGAACGUGAUAUACAUCAAUAACAAGUAUUAUAGCAUAAAGCACUUUGGAGCCGAUUUGCCAUCACUCAAUUACCAGAAAUACGUCAUCCUGGACCUGUGCAGUUAUAACCACAUCGGUGUGUACGACAACUUUGAGUACAUGAACGAGUUCAUGGGUCAGAUAAUCUCACUGCCAAUGAACGACAAGUAUAUUCCGACACUAACAUACAUACUCAAGGUAGUGUCAGUGGCACUUUUCUGGAUAAAUUUCGAUAGCAAAGAUAACUUAAUAAUCUUGAACUACAACAAUAUCAACUUCAAUAUCAUGCUCAUCUACGCGUGCAUCAUGAUUGCAACGGGGACUGAAACCAGUGAGUUGGAGUCAAAAUUACUGAACACCCUGACUUGGAGAAGGAAAGUGAAUACGGGAGGAGUGCCGAAUAACGAGAAUAUUCCAAUGAUGUACCCGUUGCUGAAAUGGCCAACCUGUUACAAAAGAUAUUUAUCAUAUUACAAACAACUUAACAGUCAAGUAAAAAAUAAUUUAACACAGAAUAAAGAAUUAGAGAAACGUACUAAGGAGUAUGAUAAACAAAUAAAGGAGUCUGAAAAGUGUAAAACGAGUGAAGCAAAGGAUAAUAUAUGUACGCCAACUAAUGGAUUGGAUAUGAAUUAUAUCAUUCAGAACACUUCAUCGCUAUAUAGUAAGAAAUUGUGCCAACUUAAUAACAUAGUAAUGAUUAACACACUGAUACCGCAAUAUAAUAUUGAUAUUGAAAUAUAUCAAAUCAACGAUUAUAAUAAUACCAUGUACAAUUAUUUCCCCGACAUUGCUACAAGUGCCGACAAGGCAACUGAAUAUGCCAACGAGAAGAAAGCUAAUGAUGGAGAAAGAUGGUUAAAUAAUUCUAAAGUUGAUCCAAAUAAUACUAGUUGUAAACAUUACAAUAGCAUAUUCUUUAAGAAUUAUAAGUGUUGUGGGACUCAAGGAGAAGACACAGGAGUUAACGAGUCGGACACCAAAGUUCACAGUAACAUCAAGUUGUUAUCAUGUCCAUAUAACUAUAGUGUGACUACAACAAACGCUUCAUCGCCUGGGGCUUCAGGUCUUUUAAACAGCCUUAACAUCCAGCAAACGAAAGGCCCAAACUCAAAGUCGCUUAACGAGUCGGACGUUAUUAUCUAUAAUUAUAAUAAUAGCGGAGUUGUGCUAGAGGAUGACAUCAUCUUGGUUUUUGUAGUCAACAAGAAUAAACUUAAUAGGAAAUCAAUUGGAAGCUACUCAUUUAAUACAAACAUGCUAACAAACACGACAAUGCAGUUGACCAAGUAUGACUUGGAUAUUUGGGAACAAAAUAAUAACAUUUUAUUAUUGAAUAACGUUAAAAUAAUUAUCAACACGACUGAGUUACAAACUUCUAACUUACAAAUACCAAAAUCACUCAAUACUAGUUCUAAAAAUACUAGUAAACAGUUGAAAUCUAAUUUAGGUUCCGGUGUGUUGGAAUCAAAUUUAAGUCCAAAAUUGACUUCCAGUGCAAUAAGUUUGGAUGAAACAAGUGAGGUGGAUUUGAAAGAUGAAGUGGGUAAAGUGCUGGAAUAUGAGAUUGAUUCAAAUUCAAUAGUAUUUGGAAGUGUGCUUAAUUUUAUAAACAACCAUAUUAAGAAAAUUGACAUGAAGGAGUGCGACAAUUUGAUCAAGUUAACAGGCCAUAAUAAGGAAACUUGUAUUUUGGCACUUAAGAUUUGCAAUAACUUCUCAAAUGCAAUGAAUCUGCUAAUCAAGUUAAGUAAACCGUAUCACAACAAUUAUUACAAUAAUAACAUAGCAAAUGAUUACUACAAUAACGUUAACGUCCAGGAAGACCACCCUUUCAUUAAUCACAUGUCCAAGCUACAAAUAGGUUCCACACCAAAGAUAAAAUCUACCAGGUCACCUGAACACUUAGACAAAGUUGCUUCUGGUGAAGCAGUCGCUGACAUCAGUUUGUUUGAAAAUAUAAAUAACGAAAAUCUACUCAAAUUGUUAAAUUACAAUGGCAAUGUUAUAACACAUAAUAUUACAAGCUUACAAUUGCACCAGUUUAUCACAAGUGAUAGCAAUUAUACAUACAGCACCUCAGUUAGUGAUGUUUUAGUGGCAGGGAAUCAACUAAACAACGCUUAUCCUACUCAAACUACAAAUAAAGUUAGUUUAGUCAGUUCCAUUGGAACAGGCUCUGAGGAUAAAUCUGGUAUCUCAGUUGAUCCUACAGGUAAAUUAGCGGGAACAACACCUAUAAGGAUUGAUAGCACUUUUAAUAAUUUGGAACUCAUUAAAAGUAUUCCAGUUAAAUCUACACAAGCAGGUCAAAUCAGUGGAGUAGAAUCUACACAAGCAGGUCAAAUAAUUGCAGAUCCUGAGAAAGAAGUAAUACUGACCACAAGGUUAAAUAGUAACAUCUCAUCCCCAGUAAAUGUGCCCACGACAAAGUCGCCAGCUAGUUCCAGCUCAAGUUCCUCAGACGUUGAAGUAAAGGAUAUCACACUCACAACAACCAUCAAUGUACCCGAUAAAAUUAACGAUUCUGAAACACAAAGUGAUAAAGAUAAAGAUAAAGAUAAAUUAGAAGAAAAAGAUAAGGAUAAAUUAUUGGAAAAGGAUAAAGUAGUAGGAAAGAAAGUACCACCUCCACCUAUUGCCAAAUCAGCAGGAAAAGCACCACCACCAGUGCCCAAAAAAGGAGGAAAAUUACCGCCACCGAUUCCUAAAGGACCAGUAAAAUCAGUAAAAAGAGUUUUACCAUUGGGAGUAAAGUUGCACUGGAAGCCGCUGAACAAGUUUAACGACACUAUCUUCAGCAGUAUCCACGAAAGUGAUAUAUAUAACCAGGAACUGAUCGACACCACGACAAUAAAGAAACUGUUUAGCAGAACAAGCACAAGUACCACAAGCCUUACAAAUAUGGGAAGUGCAGAUUUAAAUGAUAAGAACAAGCUAACAAACGGUUCUUCCACUAGUAAAAAGACGAAACUGAUUGAAAUCUUAGAUAAUAAAAGAGUACAAAACCUGUCCAUUAUACUGAGGUUCAACUCAUACGAAGAUUAUCUGACACUGCUGAAAAACGUUAAUAGUCUUGUAUACAUUAAUCUUAACAACACAACUAAAAAUACAACCACGAAAGAAACUGAUAACUCAGUAAAUAUUGGUAAAAGUGACAGCGGAACUGAAAAAAUAUUGGAUGCGGUGGAUAUAUUCGGAAAUUUGAAUGACACAGUAGUGGUUGAUAAUAUAACGAAAUUAUAUAUAGUCUACCCAACCAGUAAUGAGAUUGAGUUGCUGAUGAAUAGCUAUAAGCAGAAUAGUAAUUUAGAGGAGUACAGACCAGUGGAACGGAUGCUGCUGGAGAUACUAUUGCGAGAAAAUAUGCUCUGUAAAAUUAAGCUCUGCAAGUAUCUAAUUGACCUGAAACACCAGCUGAACCUGAUAAAUGACCAGCUGGAAGUAUACAAAUUGGCAAUGGAGGAAAUCAAAACCAGUAGAAUCUUACCGCUAAUUCUCAAUAUUAUUCUACAGUACGGCAACUUUGUUAACUACGGCAGUAUUAAAGCAGAAAAAGGAUUCACGCUUUCCUCGACAAUUAAGCUCAUUGACUUUAAGACCCAAGAUAACUUGCUGUCAUCACUCCACUAUCUUAUCAUCAAUUUGUACAUUAAGCUUUAUAAAAAUACUACAGAAGGGCUAGAUGAUACAGCUGAAACUAAGGUUAAUAGUGGUACUAGUAGUACUACUGGCACAAAGGAUGACGGAGACCCUGGUAUGGAAUUUGAUGAGGUGGAAAUCAGCAAUGAUUUAUUGUAUAUAAAUACCAAAUUAACAAACGUGUUAAGAGCUGAAAAAAUAAGUUCAGCGGAUAUAAAUACAAUACUAAAAGAUUUAUCCAACGAACUAGUCAAUAUCAUAUCACUCCUUAACGCUACCAACAAUAAUAACACACAUGUUAGCAAUGCUAGUACUAAUGGCACUAAUACGACUAAUGGCACUGACAGUACUAAUAUGACUAAUAAUACUAAAAAUGAAAUCGCUACUGAGAACGAGAUGAACGAGAAGAUGAAUAAUGUAGUACAUAUAUGUAAGAAUAAACUGAAUGAAGUGAAUUUGCAAAAAACUGAGAUUUACAAGCAGAUCAAGGAUGUUUGGACAUAUUUGGGAGAGGACGUGUCGAGCAUUACGAAAACCGUCAGUGGCGGCGUGGGAGAAGAGCUGAGUAACUUGGAGAACAUAUUCAAGAUCCUGAGUGAGCUGAUCAAGUGCAUAAUCAAAGUAUUCAACGACGUCAAGUCGAAGCCGACAAAGUACCUGAUUGUGCUCAGCAACGAAGAAGACAAACAGCUCUUUUUGAAGCUAUUCAUGGACAACAAAUCGCUCAGCAACUACAAUAAAAUGAAAACCAAACGCGUCAAACACAAUCCCACCACUGUUCAGCAACCACUGUAA